CAUGAGACGUGGAGACAAAAAUAGUGGUCCUUGACCAUCACAAUACCUUAAAUUAGAUCAUACCAAAAAUCAUCUUCUUUAGUUUUUUCUUAUCUUCAAUUAUGAAGUCUACGUGAUAUCAUCAAAAAAACUCUAUAGUUGUUUACUAAUUAUUCGUUAUCAAGUAGGAAAAAGUAGUUAACCCACAUUCACAAUAACCCCAUAUGCAACGCCUUAAUUUAUUUCCCCAACUUUCCCUUAUAAAUAUUGCUUCUCUCUACUUGAAUAGAAUAAACUAUUAAAGAAACUAAAAUGCAGAUAUCAGCUAGCUUAGUUAGUGCAAUCUUUGUGGCAGUGCCUUUUCUUUCAUUACAUGUGAGUGCUCAAUCGGAUUGCCAACAAGUUAUCGUUGGGUUAGCACCGUGCUUGCAAUACAUAGACGGGAAUGCCACGAGCCCAUCAUCAGGAUGUUGCACUCAGGUAGGCACUAUAGUGAAGACAAGGCAACAGUGCGUGUGUGAGGUUUUCAGUGGAGUUAAUGUCAACCAGACACUGGCUUUGGCUCUUCCUAAAGCUUGUAAUGUCCGGACUCCCUCUGUUAGCCUUUGUAAAGCUACUUCCCCAGUUGCUUCUCCAGUCUCUUCGUCUAAUCCUUCAGGAGACGGAUCGAGAUAUUCGCAAAGUGGGGAUUCAUCAGGAGGAUACUCAUUGAAGCUGCCAUACUGCCUGUUUUUGUCCCUUGUAGCCUCUUUGUCAUAUACCACAAUGUUAAGCACCAUCUUAUAAUAAGCGCUCAAACUCACACAUCACAAAAUAUGCUUCUAAUUUCUGUCACAAAUUUGUCACUAAUAAAAUUCUUGUGACAAUGUCUUUUUCUACCUCAAACUUUCGUGUGUCUACGUAAGGAUAAAUUCAUAAUUACAAAUUCAUUAAAUAUUCAACACGGUCUUAUGAUGUACCUGUCCGUCACAAAUUUGGGCCUUGUUUGUAGAGCCAGUGACACCAUUUCCUUGAAACUAUCUAAGGUGUGUGUGUGAAGUAAGAAUAGUUUGGUUUUGAUUAUCUUGUUAAUUUGUUAGUCAACAUUUGUUUUUUGGCCGAGGCAGAGGUUUGUAUUUACUCUAUCGAAAUUAAUUUUCUCAGAAAUAUUGAACAAAGUUCUUUCUGAUUAUA